ACCCACCCCGCCGCCAUGGCGGAUGUGGCGCCCCCUCUCGACGCCGGUGAGAUCCUCCGGCGUCUCCAGUCCGCCGGGUUCUGUACCGAUCUCGAUCGAUCCUCCAACGAGAAGCCCCAUCUUCUCUUCAACCGCACCCUCUCAGCUUUCCUAACACUCCUCCGCCGGCAAGCCGAGCUUCGGCAGCUACCACCCGUCAUCUCCGACGGCCAGACCGUGGACUUGUUGAGGCUCUUCUCGGCAGUGCGCAACAAGGGUGGGUACUACUCCAUCGCCUCUGAUUCUUGGGGCGAUAUCGCUGAGGAGGCGGGGUUUUCUCCGAUCACCGGCGCAUCCUUGAAAUCGAUUUAUAUGAGGUAUCUCUAUCCUUUGGAGGUGUGGUUGAAUGUGAUUCCUGGCAGGAGGUCUAGUGGUAAUGUUGAUGAUGCCGGGGCAUUGGUGAAGAUGGUGAAGUGGGUGAAGAAUGUGGCCAAGAAUCCUUUGGAUCUUGAAAUUUCUAGUGUUUCAUCUGGUGGAUCUAUGAUCAGUGAUAAUCGGCUUGGGGAGUUGUUCUCUAGGUUACUGUGUGCUCGGAAAGCCAUGCUUCUCCGGGAUGUUCCUUGGAUGAGCAAUGAUGGAUCUUUAUGGAAGCAAGACAAGCGGAAGAUGCAUCCAAGUUUUUAUGAAGAUCUAGAUGGUCAAUUAAGGUCCAGCCAGAGGAUCAAGAUUCUCAACGAGAAGUCCAAUUCCGAUCUCUCUGAUACAAUUUUACUCGAAAGCAAAUCUACUUGGGUAGACAAGUCUCGCGUUGGAGAAGCAUACCAAGCCACAGUACCUGAUUUCUCCGAACGACUUCUAGAGGCUUCACUGGAUCCUGAUGAACUCAAGUGGCUGGGCACACGAAUCUGGCCUUGUACUGGAAAAAAGAAGUCGAGAACCAUACAAGGACAAAUUGGUAAAGGUCGCGAAGAUAAAUGUUCUUGUAAAAGUAGAGGUUCCAUCCAAUGUGUCAGACUUCAUGUUUCUGAGAAAAGGCUUGAAUUGAUGCGUGAACUGCCUCCGGCCUUCUUCAAUUGGAGUCAAGGAAGCAUCGGCGAGGAUGAUGUAUCAAGAUCAUGGACAGCUGAUGAACAAAGAAGGUUCAAAGCCCUUGUUCGGCUAAACCCAUCUUAUCAGGAGAUGAAUCUAUGGGACAAGCUUAGCCAGAAUUUUCCAUUGCAUGGAAGGCGAAAGUUGGUGAGCUAUUACUUCAAUGUGUUUGUUCUCAGGCUCAGGAGUUACCAGAAUAGAAAUUCUCCAGCAAACAUUGAUAGUGAUGAUGAGGACAAUAGCUUUGGUUUCUUAGCUUUGUGAUUUCAUUUGAUAGCCAAAUUGAAUUCAUUGUUUCAAUGAUC